AGCCAAAAUGGUGUUGGAAUUGACAUUGUCAUCUAUGGCAGUUCUGGCUGCAACAUUUGUCAUUUUAUUUGGUUUCUUGAAGAAAACAAACGAAUGGUACUAUGUUAAUAGUUGGUCGGAGAAGAAGCAAAACCCUCUCCCGCCUGGCGAUAUGGGAUGGCCUUUCAUCGGCAACAUGUGGUCUUUCCUCCGAGCUUUCAACUCCCAAAACCCUGAUUCUUUCAUCCACAACUUGAUUAACAAGUAUGGACCAACCAGCAUUUACAAAACACAUUUGUUCGGGAGUCCGAGCAUCAUAGUUUGUAGUCCGGAGCUUUGCCGAAAGGUAUUGACGGAUGACAAACACUUCUCGUUCGGCUACCCUUCGUCAGCGAUACGAUUAGGAGGGAAGAAAUCAUUGUACGGAGUUCCGAAUUCGGAGCACUGGCGUUUGCGUCGGCUUAUAUCGGAUCCUAUCAAUGGCCAUCGUGCGCUAGCUUUGUACAUAGGCCAUAUUGAAGACAUUGUGAUCCCUUCAUUGGAAGAACUUGAUACCAUGGACCGACCGAUCAAGUUCUUCACUGAGAUGAAGAGGAUUGGUCUCAAGGUUAUUGCACAAGUUCUCCUCGGUUCCACCAAGGAUUCGAUUCUUACGUCGAUGGUGGAAUAUUACACAGAGUUGUUCCCUGGUGUGCUUUCCAUGCCUAUUGAUGUUCCUGGUUUCGUAUUCCAUAGAGCAAUCAAGGCCAGGAAAAAGUUGGUAAAGAUGAUUGAAGAUGAGGUAGAUGAAAGAAGAGCGACUACUUCUGUCCCUGCAGGCAUGAACAAAGGAAUGAUGGAUUUACUCAUGGAAGUAAAAAACGAGACCGGCGAAAAAUUGGAAGACGAGCAUAUCAUCGACUUAUUGCUGCUCAUCUUGUUCGCUGGUCACGAAACCACCGCACACACCGUAAUGUGGGCACUCAUCUACCUCAAUCAGCAUCCACAAAUGUUGCAGAAAGCCAAGGAAGAACAACAGGAGGUCAUAGAAAGAAGGUCAUCCUCACAGAAAGGCCUGACCCUCACUGAAAUCAAGCAAAUGGUUAUCUACCCAAGGUUUGUGAUUGAUGAGACUUUGCGAAGAAGCAAUAUUGCAUUCACAUUUUUUCGAAAAGCAGAAGCUGAUGUGAACAUUAAGGGUUACACCAUACCUAAAGGAUGGAGAGUUAUGGCUUGGCAUAGGGCUAUUCACAUGGAUCCCAACAUUUAUCCAAACCCGAAAGAGUUCAUUCCUUCAAGAUGGGAGAACCAGAGAUUGAAGGGAAGAACUUUCAUUCCCUUUGGAGCAGGAAGUAGAACCUGCCCUGGAGCUGAUCUUGCCAAGAUCCAAAUCUCUAUUUUUCUUCACUAUUUUCUUCUCAACUACGAGCUUGAACAGCUAAAUCCAAAUGGUCCAAUUAGUUACUUACCCUUGCCACGCCCAGCAGACGACUGCCUUGCGAGAAUCAUUAAGCUCCCAUGAUUAUCACAUUUGGUAUUA